AAGCACGCCCACCCCCCACCGUGUAUAAAUAUACGGACAGGGGAGCGAAAAUGUAGAGAGAGAAAGCGCGUCGUUGUAGAGAGAGAGAGAGAGGACUUGGAUUUCCGCAGAUGUUCUAUUUCGAGCUUUGUUUGCUGCUGAAGGAAGUGCUUGAGUUGAGUUGACUUCCGCUUUCUUGGGUUUUUUCUUGAUGAAUUUGGGGUUUUUCUUGGAGAAAAGUGAUAAGUGGAAGAAACCCCUUGGCGGAUAGAGUAUAUUUCCUCUGUAACAUCAUAAAAGAAGAGGCUGUUGAUUUUUGUUCUAGUUUGUUGGAAUCAUCACACUCUUGGUCAAAGUCUCCUGUGGCUGAUCGCAUAUCGUAAAGGGGUUUGUUGCUCGCUGAUGCUUUUGAUACAAUAUCUUGAUCUACAUCAGUCGCGCAGACCAAAUGCCAUCAUUAAAAAUGAAAACCAAGUCAACCACAGACUGUUUGAAAGAAAAAAAUGGUCUCCAUGUAUGCCGCAAGUCAAGUAUGAUAUCCAAGAAUCCUCUCUCUCGUGCCAGAGUUUGUCAAAAUGUGGAAAAAAAUUGUGCUUAUACUCAGAGCAAUCAGGAUGCUUCGGCUUAUGAUCAAGCGUUUUCUGAGGACAUUGGACGGUGUGAAACUAACCAUGAUGAGUUAUCUAAUGAAGAGAACCUUAUGCAGAGGCAGCCAUCAACUGAAACCGAUUCUGCUACUGUGGAUAGUAUGGAACCUGCAGUAUCCACCUGCACUUCAAACAUAGAAACUAUCUUUUCCCCCAUUCUGGAUUCGGUGGAUUUCUACAAUAAUGAAGGAAGUGACAUUCUUUAUGUGCCACAGCUAGAUAGCGACGAUAGUGAUAAUAGCAGCAGAAGUUCAUGUGAAUAUCAAGCAUGCAAUGUAUCAGAUUUCUACAUCUCUGACAUGAUUUUUUCUGGACCUCCCGUUGGAAGCAAUUAUCCUGGAGAACCCAUCGGAAGCCAUUCUGAAUUUGAAAACAGAACAGAUGCAUUGUUACUACCUGAUUUCAAAUGUGAGGAGUCUAGUUUACUUUGUGAUUUGACAGAGGAAUGCAUGGUAUUGCCUUUUUUGGAGGAUACUUUAGAUACUGGAUGUGAUCAUGAUGGCAGACCAUCAGAAGAUACCAUCCUAGGUUCUGACAAUUCCAGCUUGUACAUGGCAAUCCAUCAACUGCGAUCUCACAACCAGGAUUCUCUCAUAAAUACCUACUCUGACCAAGAUUAUGAGUGCUUUGAUCCACAAAUGUAUAUAAGGAAUCUCCCAGAGCAGCCGGACGUGGCAUUUACUUCGUUACCAACUUCGGUGCCGAAUGAAAAGCAAAACGCCAAGCAAAUCACUUUAGUACUUGACUUAGAUGAAACACUUGUCCACUCUACAUUAGAUCACUGUGAUGAUGCGGACUUCACAUUUUCUGUGUUCUUCAACAUGAAAGAACAUACUGUUUAUGUGAAACAGAGGCCUCACCUCCAGACUUUCCUCAAAAGAGUGGCCGAAAUGUUUGAGAUUGUGGUUUUCACUGCUAGUCAAAGCAUCUAUGCGAAACAACUUCUAGAUAUUCUGGAUCCAGAUGGAACAGUUAUAUCAAGACGAGCUUAUCGUGAAUCAUGCAUCUUCUCUGAAGGAACUUACAUGAAAGACUUGACAGUAUUAGGUGUUGAUCUUGCAAAAGUUGCCAUAAUAGAUAAUUCCCCACAGGUUUUCAGGUUGCAAGUGAAUAAUGGUAUUCCUAUUAAGAGUUGGUUUGAUGACCCGUCAGACUCUGCCCUAAUUUCACUACUUCCAUUUUUAGAGACAUUGGUUGAUGCUGAUGAUGUACGACCCAUCAUUGCUAGGAAAUUCGGUAACAAGGAAUAAGAGCUCCUUGGCUAUCCUUUCUAGUUCUUUAAUUACUUCAUGUCCCGUUCAAUAUUCAUCUGUUUUUCUUUUCAAUCAAAGUCUUCUUUGUUUUAAGAUGCUUGUUAUACCUUCCUCUCGAGCCUUGGUAUAGGUAUCAAUUUUUAUAAAUUUCUUCCUGUUGCUGAGUCAAUUUGCCAUCAUUCCUUUCACUAUCCUACUAUUUGAGGAGCUUGUUAGUUCUUUAGGCUAAUUUGCUGUAGAAGUGUGUCUUCAAGAGUUUUUUUUUUUGGUUUGAUUUGUAUAGGUAUAGAUGCUUAGGUCUGUGCAGCGUGUAUAUGAAUUGAUUUGUGAAAUAAAUCUUGAUUCUAAUUUGAACUUAUUUAUAUCCACCUUAGUGUAUGCUAGUAUAAGUUUGACUUUUAGUUGAUUGACCAAGUAAUAUCAACUAAGCAUGCCUGCUUAUAGCCCAGUGCCGUGAUGUUAUGGACAAAAUCUAACAUUGAGCAUUGUACACAGAGAUCUUAAUCUAGUGAUUCCAUAACUGGAACUUCUGAGAGGACCUGGGGAAGAGUGUGAAAUUUUAACUUCUACAUGAUGAAGACAGUACUAUGACUUUCUGUUUAUUGUCAUCUAUCUGAUGUUGAAAAGUUGGAGGAGUUGGUUUUAAUUUAGUUGGGACAAAUAAUUGUCAAAAGGCAUAGUUUCUUUCUAAUAAUUCAGCUACAAAGCUUUUGUUGUAGGAAAAUCUACAUGAAUACUGCUCUCAAGGGCCUUGUUGAAGAAAUAAGGUAAACAAACUCAUGAUGUUUGGUGUGGUAACCAUUCAUUUGAAUGCAAUAGGUAACUAGAUUCAUACGUUUUGGAUAGUUGCAUUCCGAAAUAUUAUCUGAAACAUGUUAGUGAUGGCUGUCUAAUCUUUGAUGCAAUUUUAAACCCUAGGAAGAUUGACGUUCAUGCUAUUACUUCACAGAUGGCCAGUUUGCAAGUCAAAGAACACCUAACUAGACGUGCCUUUUCUGUUGAUCCAAAGUUGUUCAUACUCAUUUUAGGAUACAUAAUUUGUUGCAUCCAUUUAAAGUUGGUCAAGUUGUUCUUAUUAACCCAUGCUAUUUAAUUCAGAAAACUUUGUGCAGCUUUCAUUCUCUGGACUGUUCUGAAUGUAAGCAUGACUUUUCUCUUAUCUUUUUUUGCUGUUCCUCUUCUUUGCAGUUUAGUUAUGUUUCUAUCUUUGUGCGUCUCUCUAUGCCUUACCCUGUCUUCUCUCCUUUUGAUCAUGAGCUGUGGGUUGCAGUCAAGCAAGUUACAUAAAGAAGCUGCUUACCUGUAGUUUGGUUGGGUUUUGACUUAGGAGGGGGGAUGUCUCAGAAUUAGUUGUGACUGUUGUCCCAAUUGCUAUUCAAUUUCUAGUAAGUAAUCCUAAUAUAAUUUCGCUUAAGCAUUGGGUUUCCAUCAUUUAUCUUGAUCAACAAAUUUUGAACUUUGGACAGCCUCGGUCUCAGAUCUCUACUGACAAUAUGUGAUGGUGUCACCUUUCUCAUAGAAGAUUAGGGUAUUCAUAUGAGAGCUACUUAUGUAGCCCCCUCUCCUUACUAGAUUUUGUUUCUACCAAUAAUUUAGUGGUUCUGGUUACUUUGCUUGGCAUCUUCCCUUGUCAUGUCAUCUAGGACGGCCCUGGAUGUUUGAUGUACCUAUACUAUGAGUUGGGUGCAUAAUUUUAGCUUUGUAUAUUUGGUAGCUAAUGCUGUGGGGUACUGACGAAGGUUGAAAUGGUCUAUAAGAUUAUUCUUUAGGGGGAAACAUAUCCUGCUUGGCAAAUGGAUUAGAAAAACCUCGACCUAAUUGUCUGGUAUUGAACAUGAGUAACAGAAUUCUGUAGUUUGGUUUUGAAAUUAGCUAUGUAAAACUGUUGGCAGAAAACGAACUUGAGAAUCCUUGUGUAUGCUUGGUGGACCCCAGGAGGUGGAUAUAUUGACAUAGUGUAAACCUGGAAGAUCAAUGCCAUAAUAGAGCCUCCUGUAUGCUUUCCUUAGUUGUUGCUUAAUAAUUUUCUAGAACGACUGGUGGCUGUGUGAAUUUGCUUUUGAGAAUGUAGGGGGAGAAGGUUGAUACUAUAAUAUGGUCUUUUACAGUUUUGGAUGCCUUACUGCAGGUCUCUUGAAGAUAUACUUAUUACUGUUUUGGCUGACAAUCGGAGUUGUUUGUAUUAUGCUUGGUGUGUAGUAGUAUAUCAUUAUAUUAGCUUUUCUAACUUGGGAUUUUUAUUUUUUAAAGUUUCCAGGUCAAAUUUGUAGCCCGUAAUCUUGCUUACUAGUUACUGUAAAUAGACAUAAAUACCAGAUUCAUAUUGUAUGGCUACAACCUCAUGGAGAUUUGUUUACCAACAAUUCUGUAAAUGAAGCCAUCAAUGUAACGUCACAACUUUUAAACACCUAUUAUAUAUUUAUAUUUUCUGGGCGACA